AUGGCUUCGGCGGAUCUCCCGGAGGUCGUCGAGCGCACGAAGAAGAGCAGCGUCAUGUAUGCCUUCAUCUGCUCCAUCCUUGCCUCCAUGGCCUCCAUCAUCCUUGGCUACGAGAUCGUGAUGGGCAUCCUCAAUUUCUACUCGCUCAUCGGCUCCUUCGCGGCGGGGCGGACGUCCGACUGGAUCGGCCGCCGAUUCACCGUCGCCGUUGCGGCCGCUUUUUUCUUCGUCGGCGCCUUGCUCAUGGGUCUCGCCGGCGACUACGCCACGCUGAUGCUUGGCCGCUUCGUGGCCGGCGUCGGCGUGGGCUACGGGCUGAUGAUCGCGCCGGUGUACACCGCCGAGGUGUCCCCGGCGUCAGCCCGCGGCUUCCUCACCUCCUUCUCCGAAGUGUUUAUCAACAUCGGGAUCCUCCUCGGUUACGUCUCCAACUAUGCCUUUGCCCGCCUGCCGCUCCACCUCAGCUGGCGCAUCAUGCUCGGCAUCGGCGCGGUGCCGUCCGUCCUGCUGGCGCUCCUGGUGUUCGGCAUGCCCGAGUCCCCACGAUGGCUCGUCAUGAAGGGCCGCCUCGCGGACGCCAGGGUCGUACUGGACAGAAUCGCCGAGACGCCGGAGGAGGCUGCGGAACGCCUGGCCGACAUCAAGGCCGCCGCCGGAAUCCCGCACGAAGCCGACGGCGACGUGGUUGCCGUGCCCAAGAGGAAAAGCGCCGAGGAGAAGCAGGUCUGGAAGGAGCUGAUCCUGUCCCCGACCCCGACCGUGCGGCGCAUCCUGCUUGCGACGCUUGGCCUCCAAUUCUUCCAGCAGGCUUCAGGCGUUGACUCCGUCGUGCUGUACAGCCCGCGCGUGUUCCAGAGCGCGGGCAUCACCGACGACGACCAGCUCCUUGCCACCACCUGCGCCGUCGGCGUCACCAAGACUGUCAUCGUGCUGUUGGCCGCGGUCCUCCUCGACCGCGUCGGCAGGCGCCCGCUGAUGCUGACCAGCUCCGGCGGCAUGGUCGUCUCGCUCAUCGGCCUCGCCACAGGGCUCACCGUCGUGGGCCGGCACCCGCACACCGAAGUUCCCUGGGCCGUGGCCCUGUGCGUCACGUCCACUCUGGCCUUCGUGUCGUUCUACUCCAUCGGCCUCGGGCCCAUGACGGCGGUGUACACCUCGGAGAUCUUCCCGCUGCGGGUGCGCGCGCUGGGCUACGCGGUCGGCGUGGCGUGCAACCGCGUGACGAGCGGCGUCGUCUCCAUGACCUUCCUGUCGCUGUCCAGCGCCAUCACCAUCGGCGGCAGCUUCUUUCUCUACGCCGGCAUCGUCACUCUCUCGUGCGUGUUCUUCUUCACCUGUCUCCCGGAGACGCGCGGCCGGACGCUGGAGGAGAUGGGAGAGCUGUUUGGCACGAUUGACGCGGGCACCGAAGCAGAUGACGCCUCCGCGAGACUCCUUGCCGCCAGCCUCGGCGUCCCUAACGAGGCCGGGGCCGAGCUCGCCCGCGGCGGCUGGCCGGGGCCGAGCUCGCCGGUGCGCGUGCAGCACUUGACGCGGUAUGCCGUGAGCGCGUGGAGCGGGAGGCGGACUCGAGGUGGUGUGGCCGCGGACCCGAACGCCGGCUUGACGAGGUCGCGGACGACAGGGUCGGCUCCCGGCUUGGUAGGGUGGCGAGGCUUAGCUGUGCAGCCCGUCGCGGCCAGCAGCAGCGGCGUCCACUGCAGGUCGGACUGCUCCUGA